GUGAAGAGGUGUUAAUUUUCUCCCUCAAUGUUUCUUAUCAACUGAAUAAUGCAUUAUUGUAUGCUGGAUUUGUCAUAUCUGAAUUCUGACGUGCUAAAUUGUAGAAACCAAUUAAAAUAGGAAAUGUUUAAUUGAUACGGAUAUGUACAAGUUUAAGUCAGAGAUCAUUAAUAUGUCAAUACUUUAUAACGGAUAAGAACGGAUUUCUUUACCCUUUGCCAUUAAAGUGCGAAUUGAUCGAGCAUAUAUUGAAAUAUACUGCUGCAUUUAAAAUAGCCGGUAAUAAAAUAUUUUAGGUCCGUGUAUUUAAAUGAAAAGUAAACGGGCAGAAAUUAUCAUAAAAUCUCAUUGGUGUACUUUACAUUGUUGAUAUUUGAUAUUAAAUGGUGAACAAACAGGUUUUUGGCGAUUACCGGUCAGUGGACGUUAAAAGAAGUAUUCCGAUCGAUUUUAGAUUAAGGAAUAUGUAAUCAAAGAACAAAUAGUGCAAAAUUUUAGAAGUGACUUGAGCUAUAAAAGAAAACGUUGAUCAACUUUGACAGGAUUAAGGCGCUAAAGUUUUAAACAUUUGUUUUCUUUAUGAUAAUCCACAUAGUGAUUUUAACUGAAAUAGACUAUUUUCGACGUUAAUGGAAUUGCACUGACUGAUAGCAAUUUGACAAACGACGCUCAGAAAUUUCAGUUGAACUAUCUCACACGUAACGCUUCUAAAACCUGCAAUCUGUGCGGAUUUAAAACUGGUUAGGAUGUUAAGAGCUUUUUACGGAUUUUAGUGUUUUGUAAUAUCAAUACUUUAGUUGGGUAUUAAAAUAAACAUGAACUAUUUAGUUUCACGGAACAUCGAUUCACAAUGCAUUAUGAAAAGAGAAACAAAAGGUUUUAUUUGAGUUCAACUGAAUGGAAUUCAAUACCGAGCAAGACUGAAACAAACAACUGUUUGAAUAAAAGGUAUAAUCUGAACAAAUCUUCCAAUAUCACCAUAACAAUCGACAUUAAAAGUUUGUUUUUCAAUUUAUCCUCUACAAAGGAUUAAAUGAGAGAAAUAUUAGAUGAUACAAACAUGACUAAAAUGGUAAAAAGCAAGUAGGUCUUUUAAAAGAUAGACUACGUCUUUUUAUUGCGUUAUACGAUGAGAUUUGAACAUACUUUGAACGGUUUCGCUGACGUGAUGGCUGACAGUCCAUUACCAUCGACGCGACAGGGUAGUGCCAGUGUUAAUUUUGAUAUGAGUGUACACACAGACGACUCAGAUGGAUUCGAUGAUAUCGAGUCGUGUGCUGAAACGGACGAAGGUCGCUUGUCACGGUCGUUACAAUUUUGGAUGACAGACCACAAAUGGACCAAUAUAGAGCCACUGGAGAAACCGCCCCUAGAACCAGUGUUCAGCGGUAAACUUGGCAAAGAAAGGCAGCUGAAUAGAACUAACAAUGUGGCUUUUAAGGAACGAAGUAAAACAGCUUCUAGAGAUACCAAAACGUCACAGUUACGGCGCAUUCCAAGUGAUGAUUCCAUACACACAAGUUUGUCAUUGUUGACUUGCUCUUCGCUAGAAACUCCUGUUAAAGAAUUAGAUAAUUCUAAAUUAAAACGGCGCAAAAAACGAAAAAACAAUUCACGAGCGUCUUCGUCUAUGGGGGAAAGUGCGCCAUUUAUAUCGAAGUGGGAAAAAUUCGUCAGCCGUCCAUCAGGCAAUAUUAAUAGAUUAUUUAAAAAUCACACAAUCUUGGGUAACCACUUUGGUUUGAUUGCUGGUGUGGAUAACGAUGAGGAAUCAGAAGCAUUUAGAAUGCUGGAUAGUGAUGAGCAAACCGCCUUAAUUGACUGCGGAAGAAGAAAAGGAAUCAGGUACAUUAAUAAACUCACUCUUGAACGAAGCGGUAGCUUUCAAGAUUUAGAUAAAAGGUUCCCAUCAAAACCACAACGCUUAAAACGUACAUUGUCAGCAAAUGCUACGAAACCUUGGGGUGCACCACUUGACAUUGCUGAAAUCAAACGUGAAAGACUGAAUCGUUUGAUCGCUACUGAGCAAGAAAAGGCUCUUCAAGAGAAGGCGCGACAAAGGAAAGGACGCCGUCAUGGAAUUUCUCGUGUUUCUUCAUAUAAGUCGUUAGCUUCACCAGCGUCAACUAGACCUUCGUCUCCAACAACCACGUAUGCUGGAACAGAGGUUUCAGUUGCUUCAGCACAAAGUUCAGAGAAACGCACACAUUCACCCUCGGAGAAACCAUCUCAGUUAAUUGAAGAAGAAGAGAAAGUCAUGGUUUGGAAAGGCGAUAGAGAGAUUCUUGAAAUUGAUCUCAAGAAGGAACUUACACAAAGAGUAAAACAAAGAAUUGACUCUACUCGGACAGCGCUGAAACGUGUAACAGGAUUUGGCGAUAAGAACGAACAUAAGACAUUUGUCGGAACACAUGAGGAAUAUCCUAAACAUAUCGAGGAUGAUUUUUGUCACAAACCAAGAAUCAUUCAGCAAAUGAGAAUAUCGCCCCAUCUCAGUGGUAUAAUACACGACGAUAUCCAUGUUCGGAUGGGACGUCCGAGAUAUCACGAGAUCCGUCUGAAUGACCUUGAACAGUGGAAUAAAGGUCAGGACCUUAAUCGUGCUCAUAGAAAUCUGAAAGUGUUCAACUGGUUAUAUAGUCUCAAGAACGUUAAGUUCGACACCAUUGUGAUUCAAGAAAUAAUCGAUGAUUUGCCAGACGACGAGUCGGCUUUGCAGGAACUUUUGCACGUGGAAGCAGCAGACGAACCGGACAUUGCUCCUCUUUUUCGUCAAUACGAAGUCCGCAUAUUGUGAUCUUUCUUUUUUAUCGACUCUCUAGUACAGUUACUGGUUUGUAGGACUUAAUUUAAAUUCAUAUUGCUUUGCCUAAUGUAAAAUUACGAAACAGCAUACAAUUUAGUUUGUGAAAUUUUAGUCAUAAAAGAUAAAAGACCUUAUAUGAAAACUUGAAAGUA